AUGAACGUAUUCCACGUUUUCGUCUUGCUUCUCGCCUUCUUCACUUCCACAUCAUCAUCGUUCCCAACUCCACUCGUCAAUCGAGACACUCGUGCUCUCGCACCAUCCGUCGAAUCGUGGUGCAUUUUCUAUCCGGAGAAAUGCCGUAUGCUCAGAUUCGCUGGAACACACAAGAGAUAUAUUCUGGACGACGUGGAAUACUGA